CCGGCUGCCACGGAAGUCGUCGGCCCUCCGCCUGACUCGCGUUCACUCCACACCGGCAGCUGGCACGCAGAGCACUCCUCGCUACACCUCCAGCCACUCCCUAAACCAUCCACCAUGAUCAACCUGGGUGAUGUCUUCCCAAAUUUCUCCGCUGACAGUACUGAUGGGCCAAUAAAGCUGCAUUCUUACCUCGGGGACAAAUGGGGCAUCAUCUUCUCCCACCCAUCAGACUACACUCCAGUGUGCACCACAGAGCUGGGCACUGUGGCCAAGAUGAUGCCAGAAUUCACCAAGAGGAAUGUGAAGGUGAUGGCUAUCUCCUGUGACUCAGUGGAGGACCAUUUGGGCUGGAUCAAGGAUGUUCAAGCUUACAACAACCUGACUGGUGACUUCCCAUACCCCAUCAUUGCUGACCCUGACCGUGACCUGGCUGUAACUCUUGGCAUGAUUGACCCAGAUGAGAAGACUGCCUCAGGCAUGCCACUGACUUGCCGUGCUGUUUUCAUUGUUGGUCCUGACAAGAAGCUCAAGCUGUCCAUCUUGUACCCUGCUACCACUGGACGCAAUUUUAAUGAGAUUCUGCGAGUGAUUGACUCUCUCCAGCUGACAUCCGACAAGAAAGUUGCCACUCCCUCUGGCUGGUGCAAUGGUGACAACUGCAUGGUGCUGCCCUCCAUCUCCCCUGAUGAGGCCAAGAAGAUGUUCCCAGAGCACAAGGUAGUCCAGGUGCCUUCUGGAAAGGAGUACAUCCGCACAACUCCUCAGCCACAGUAAACUGUCUUGUGUGAGGCUGUAAUGCCAUCUUUCAAGGCUUAUAAGCUUGGGCAUGUGUUAGAGAGAUAUUUGAUAUCCAUUAAGACACAUUUUCAGACAAGGUAAUAAUCAAGGAAGAUAAUUGUGAAUUUCAAAUUGAUCAUAUCCUUGUGAAUGGUGCUUUGCAAAAUGAUUAGCUGUAAAGGUGUUAAUUCAUUCUUAUAAUUAAAUUUAAUAUUGCUAUUUUUAUAGUUAUUAUGAAUUUAUAACUAUGUCUAGAUGUAGAUGAACAGAGAAAAGAAAUGCAUGUUACUAAAGCAUCUAGAAAGGAAAACCAAUACAAAGUGCCUUGUAUUUUAAGUGCAUUCCAUUUUUACUAUUAAAAUGCUUAAAACUGAA